UUUGCAGUUAGAGACGCAGCCAACUGCUCUGCUACUGCUGUCCAGCAAUGGGUAGGAGCUUGCCUGUAAACUUGACCCACUCAUCCGCCUACUUGACGGACAAGCCUUACGAUGUGCAGCUCGGAGUGCUGAGGUGGAUCAGGGGGCUGCUCUCCGAAGUAGUCGACAACGCCGUGUCACAGCUGUCAACAACAGCAGCAGGAUCCAUACAUAACGUGGAGCCAGAGACUCAAGGCGACGACGAUGACGAUGUUGCCUGUGGUAGGUCAGCCGCCCGCGAGGUCGGAGGAAGUAUACCGCAGAAGGAUGAAGGUGUCGACGGCAGCGAGGCUUUGAAUUUGAAGUCCACGGCGGCCUUGUUGGACGAAUGUGUCGGUGCGGCCACCACGGGCAGUAGGGGAGAUGGAGGCAGCAGCAGCACUGGAAAUGGCCGCAAGCGUCCGAGAACUUCAACACCGCUUGAUCGGAGGGAUGUAUUUGUCCCUGGAUCUGUUGUGGAGUGUUUUCACCCGGAUGACGGCUUGUGGUAUCCAGCCACGAUAACUGCCGUCAUCGCACAGCCUCCUAUCGAGGCACCAGCAGUGAAGGCGCAUCCAGAAGCAGUAGCACCGCCGUCAGAUUCGCUGCUAGCAACAGCAGCACCCACAACGCUCACUGCCAAGCACGGCGAAGGAGGGCCUACAUCCCCGGCGAAGGCUACCCCGGCGGCGGCGGGCGGCGAGGCGGAGGAUGGCGGUGUACACAGCUUUGUCAUGGUCCAUUCGUUGGCAGCAGCAGCAGCAGCGCCACCAGCAGCGGCUGAUCCGACCUCCUUGGGGAAGGGGGAGGAGAGCGAAGAAUGUGCGGGGCAGCAGCAGGCGCAGCAGCAGCAGCAGCAGCAGCAGAAGUUGCUCGACGUGACUUUCUUGGGCUACGGGAACCAGUCCAGGGUGCCGGUCGAUUGGGCCAGGGAAAUCGUGACACCGGAGGUGCUGGAAUGGUGCAAGGAAAACGGCAUCGUGGCAGCAUCAGAGGGGGGGUUCGUGGAAAAACCCUGCGACGCGAAAGAGGAGGGCGCACUGACUACAGCAGGAGCAGGCGACAACAACACCGUCGCGGUGACGGAAGUGUGGGCAGAGACGCCAGACCCCGCCGUGAACAACAGCACAAUACCGACCUCGGUUUCGAGGGAGGUCGGCGGUAGCGACAGCCAACAUCCGGCCGCCGCAGGAGGUGGUUCGGGUGCUACCGGAGGCGGUGGAAAGCGGAGCAAGCAGCAGCCGCGCAAGAAGAGCAAGAAGAGCAACAAGAAGAGCGGCAGGCACCACGGCAAGGGGGGCGGCGGCCGACACGCCGGGACCCAGGGGGAGGAGGAGGAGCGCUUCCUGAUGCGCUGCGCCUCCCGGUCGAAGAGCCCCUACCCGCACGUGUCCAACAAGUACUGGGGGCAGCGGUACCGCUACUUUUCGAGGUUCGACGAGGGGGUAACCAUGGACGAGGAGGGCUGGUACUCGGUCACCCCGGAGGCGAUCGCCCGCCACAUCGCCGAGAGGGUGUGCUGCGACGUCGUGGUCGACCCGUUCGUCGGCUGCGGCGGCAACGCCGUGCAGUUUGCUCUGGUGGCCCACCUCGUCUUCGCCGUCGACAUCGACCCGGUGAAGCUGGAGCACGCUCGCCGCAACGCCGCCAUCUACGGAGUGGAAGACCGCAUAGAGUUCAUCCUGGGGGACGCCAUGAAGGUGCUCCCCACGCUUAAGGCAGACGCGGUGUUCCUGUCGCCCCCCUGGGGCGGUCCCAGUUACCAAGGGUCCAAGACUUUCGACCUGGACUCCAUGAUCCCGCCCCCGCUGUCGGCCCUGGACAUGUUUCGGGCGGCUCGGGAGGUUACACCCAACAUCGUGUUCUUCUUGCCGAGGAACGUAGAUCCUUACCAAGUUGCCCGGCUCCCUGCUGCCGCUGCUGCUAUUCCUCGCGGCGGCGCCAGGGCCGGGAUCACGGAGGAACAGCGGGGGGUAGACCUGCAGGCGAUCGACGAUACCUGUGAGCUCGAGAAGCACUUCCUGAACGGGAAGCUCAAGACGACGACGGCCUACUUCGGCGAGGACAUCGCGAUAUCUUCCGGGAACACUGCUGCUGCUGCUGCUGCUGCUGCUGCUGAGGCUGGGAGGAACAGCGACCAAAGCCACGGGCCGGUUGGGACAAUAGGAGGGGCAGCAGCAACAGAGACGCCCGCGGAGGUUGGGGCUGCUCUCGAGGUGGCGACUGCGAAGAACUCGAGUGAGCUGUACGGGGUUAACAACUCGAGAGUAGCCGCGACGUGGAGCGGGCGACACGUUAGGUUCAGCGAGGAGGAUGACGGCGAAGGGGAAGAAGGUGGUGACGUGGCGGAAGUCAGGAAUAAUGACAGCACCAAUGGUGGACAGGAAAGAGAAAAUGCCCUGUACGAAGCGUGGAUGGCCACAUGACAAGAGCAAUAUCGUCAUGCACCUAUGUAGUUUUAGAAUGCGCUGUACGAAGCGUGGAAUGCCACGUGAUUGGAAGAGCAAUGUCGUCGUGCGUAUGCACCUGGUUUUGUAUGGAAGCAGGAUCGAAAUUGGCGGCAGUGGUUCUGUGAGAAACGGGGCCCUGGCGGCUGUUAUGUUCGACUGAUAAACUUAUAGAUCGCGUGAUGACGAGAUUCGUACGUGUUUGCUUAUUUUGCCCAUGUGAUGCCCGCCUCGUGGCGGGGUGGUAAGGUGAUUUAUGCCGUUUGUUUUUGUGCAAGUUUUUUGGGGUGUUGAAAUGUUUUUUAUUGUGUGGUGUGUACGUUUUCCUUCGUCGUUGAAGUGCUGGCUCUCGAAGAUGUUGCCAGGUAUAUUUUCUCGCUCUGUACGAUAAUAUGUAGCCAGAUGGUCUUACGUAUAAUUAGUGGUGGCCGAGGCUAUAACUGCUGUAGGUUGGACUCCUUUCCGCAUGCGCUCUACCUUUUUGUGCAUCGCCGCAUCAUCUAUUGUCGUGGCUGUCGAUGUCUACGGUCCCUAAAUUACGAAGUAGAAGGAGGUGGUCAGGGACACGGAGGAUUCCCCGCGGUGCACGCCUUUGUUCAGAUGUUGCAUCGCAAAGAAGGGUUGGUCGGGAACCCCGUUUGUCUCGCCAAGAGUUGCAGCAUUGAUUGUCGUCUGUAUUGUCACAGAGGGAGAGUAAGAAGAAGGUCUUGGCGAUCCAAAGAGUUAAGACUAAAUGUGCGUGUAAAGAGACCACCGCGACGACGCCAGUGAAGGAGUUCUACUGCAUCGAUUGCCAGGUCACUUGUCAAUUUUUGAAGCUCGAUUCAUCUCCCUACUCCCCACCGA